CAGCUUACAGCUACUAUCUAUCUCUCUGACCGUCCCCUUAUUAUCGUUCCCCCUUGCCGCCCGGUUGCUCGGCGCCGCCUUCGAUUCACAAACACGAAUCGACGUUUCCGUGCUCGGUGCCGCCGUUGCCGUGCAACACGAAUCGUCGCUACCCCUUGCCGCCUUCGAUUCACAAACACAAACUCCGGUUGCUUGGUGUCGCCGUCGAUUCAGCGUAAAGGGGAAUGAUGAGAGGGAAUGCAUAAAACAUGACAUUUGAUUUAUUGAAAAUAAAUACUCAAUCGUUGUUGAAUACUCCGAAGUCCCAACAGCUCAGAGCUGAGAGAAUCAGAGAACUAGAGAGAGAGAAAGGCAGAAGAAUGAGUUAUUUGUUGACAACACUUAUGAAGAAGAGAGAGGUCGAUUCCAUCAUCAGAGACACCAUUGACAAAGUUCUCGUCCUUCGCUUUGGUCGAUCCACCGACCACAUUUGCCUCCACCUCGACGACGUCCUUUCAAAAUCAGUGAGGGAGGUUUCCAAGUUCGCUACAAUAGCUAUUGUAGAUAUUGAUUCAGAGGAUCUUCAAGUCUAUAUCAAGUACUUUGACAUCACCUUGAUACCAUCCACAGUUUUCUUCUUCAAUGCUCAUCACAUGAAGAUGGAUUCAGGGAGUGCAGAUCACACCAAGUGGAUUGGCUCAUUUCAGAGCAAACAGGACUUCAUUGAUGUUGUUGAGGCUAUAUAUAGAGGGGCCAUGAAAGGAAAGCUGAUAGUGACUUGCCCCUUGCCCCCUGAGCGAAUACCAAAGUUCCAAUUGUUGUAUAAAGAUGUGUGAGACCAGUAACUUUGGUCUGUACAGCAAAUUGUGUGGAUCAGGAGCAUAUAUGUGUGGAAACCCAUAUUGCAAGGGUACAACCAAAGUGACAUUUCUAGUUUUAGUUUCCUGGAAAACAUAUCAGAGACAAAAGCUGAACUGAAAAUCAACUGGUUAGAGUUCAUCAAACAUGAUGGCCUUUAUUUAGUAGCUCAUUGCCUUCAGGAGUAGAUUGCAUUAUGGAAUUGGAUGUGGUUGAUGAGUUGAUUCUACUCCAAAGAGAAUAGCGAAGACUACUUGUAUAUAAGCCGCUGUAGAAUGAUGUACGAUAUAUGCAUACUGCUGCAGUUAUAUUUAAGUCAAUUCUAUUCUGUUCUGUUCCA